AUGGUGGAUUGCAAGGCCUUUAGUGAGAAACGCUACAAAUGCCAUGCGGUCUAUGGAAAAAUGGGAGAAGAUUGCUUGAAUGAAGAAUUGAGUGAAAAGCGAUGCUUGUCCCUCCAUCACUGUCCCAGGCAAGCCAAGGAAUAUUAUGGAGACGCUGCCAUGUCGCUAGAAAGUGAUGAUGGACAAGGAGCACCAGUGUACAUGUCUCAAAAAUCCAUUUGUGCAUCGUGGGCAGAAGCAUUUGCCUAUACUAGAAAAGAAAAAGAAUUGGAAUAUGGAACAGUGGUGACGGAACAUCAUCAAAAAGCAAGGGAGAUUGUCAAUAAUGACAAGGACGGAUUGAAACGGCAAUGCAGAGACGUUGCCUUUAAUUUGGCACAGUGUUUGCGACGCAAAAAACUCUUUUGA